AAUUGUUUUUAUUUGUUUUUGACUCUAACAUAAUUGGUAAAGUUGUUGUUAUUAAAUUUGAACUAAUUGAUCUUAGUUACCCAUUUGUAAAUUCCACUGCAUAAUUCAGUCUGUAACCCUUGUAACUAAUUAUUAUUACAAAUGUCUUCCUUAAAAUUAUACCAUUUCCCCGUGAGCGGGCCUUCUAGAGGAGCACUACUCGCAGCUAGAGCCAUAGGCAUUCCAAUACAAAUUGAAAUAGUAAAUCUGUUUAAAAAAGAACAACUGCAAGAAAGUUUCUUAAAACUUAACCCACAGCAUUGUGUACCUACACUGGACGAUAAUAACUUUGUUCUAUGGGAAAGUAGAGCUAUCGCAUGCUAUUUAGCCGAUAAAUAUGGAAAAGACGAUCAAUGGUAUCCAAAGGAUUUACAAAAACGCGCAGUCGUAAACCAGAGAUUAUACUUUGACAGCGCAUCUUUGUAUGUUAAAAUAAGAGCAAUUUGUUUCCCAAUAUUAUUCCUGGGUGAAACGGAGAUUAAACAAAGUUUAAAGGAUGACCUUAACUCUACAUUGAGUUUCCUCAAUCAGUUUUUAGAGAAGACCAAGUGGGUGGCAGCUGAUCACCCCACAAUUGCAGACACAUCUAUUUAUGCAUCUAUGUCUAGUAUUUUGGCUGUUGGAUGGGAUAUAUCAAGUUUUCCAAACAUUCAAAGAUGGAUUAAAGAUUGCUUAUUAUUGCCUGGAGCACAAGAAAAUGAAGAUGGUGCUCGAACAUUUGGAGAUGCCGUAAAAAAGAAUAUCAAACAAUAAAAUGCUCAUAAAAACAUUAUUUAGUAUAUAUUUCUCUUAUAUUUAUUUCAAUAUAUUAUUCUAUAAAAUUUUAAAACUAUUUGUUGUUCGUUCCUCACUUUCCUUCUUACCACAGUUUUAUAUCUAAAUCCAUGAUUAGACAUAAUAUUGAUUACCUCAUCUGGAAUGUUCUCUUCAAUCAGCAGAAGGUAGAAUGUACCAUCUUUAGCUAAUUUCUUUGGUAUCAUUUCUAACAAUCUGUCUGUUACUUCUCUCCCUUUGACCCCACCUGCCCAGCUGGCUGUGAUAUCAUCUCCGCCGCAUUCUUCAGAAUCUGUCACUACAUACGGAGGAUUAAAUAUUAUGAUAUCAAAUAUAUUAUCAGCAAACGAACUCGCCAGAUCCAUCCUUACUGAAUCAAAUAUAACCUUGUUAUAUUCCGCAGUUUUUUUUGACAUUAUGCAUGCUCUGAAGUUGAUGUCUGUACUGAUACAGAAUGUUGAAGGGAAUGCCAUACCAAAUGCAGUUACUACAACACCACUACCCGAGCCUACU